AUGAACCGAGGCUCUCUUUUGCUCUUGUUGACAGCGGCCGUUGGUCCCACGCUAUGUGUAGCCGCAGGCGAUAAAGGAUCACGGCCUAGGGGGGUAGGGCCUGAAUUCGCCAAGUUCUACAAGGACACCAACACGUUUAGCUGCAUUUCCAACCCCUCAAUCAAGAUACCAUUUUCUGCUGUCAACGACGAAUACUGUGAUUGUCCUGACGGCAGUGAUGAACCUGGCACAUCUGCAUGCUCGUUUAUAUCUCCUUACUCGCCAUCAUACUCUUCGAAUUCCGGAAACGAUAAGACGGACAACAAGUUGUCACUUCCAGGCUUUUACUGCAAGAAUAAAGGGCAUAUUCCCCUAUAUAUCAGCUUUCAACGAGUGAAUGAUGGAGUAUGCGACUACGAUAUAUGCUGUGAUGGAAGCGAUGAGUGGUCCCACGUUGGUGGACUAAAGUGCGAAGACAGAUGCAAAGAGAUUGGCAAGCAGUGGAAGAAAGCCGAGGAAGAAAAGGAAAAAUCACACUUUGCAGCGUUACGGAAACGCAAAGAACUUGCGGCGAAGGCAUCCAAGUUAGAACGGGAGAUACAAGACCGCAUCGUGGUGCUUGAGAAGGAAGCUCAAGACCUUGAAGUUUCCCUCAAGGACCUCGAAGCGCAGCUGGAAAAAGCCAGGGCAAAUAAUAGAGGGAAGACAGCAAGUGGCCAGAAGCAAGGAAAGGCUUAUGAACUGGCAAAGCUUGCAAAGGCCAGGACUAACACCCUCCGUAUUGCUCUGGAGGAGGUACAGCUACAGAGGGAUCAGGUGACAAAUCUCCUACGGGAAGCUGAGGGUAUUCUGUCCAAGUUUAAAGAAGAAUACAAUCCUAACUUCAAUGACGAGGGCGUCAAGCGUGCAGUUCGUGGCUGGGAAGACUACAUUGCACGAAAGGGAGAACAGGGAGGCGAUUCAUUCGAAGACGCUAGCCUACUCGACGCGCUUAAACAUGAACAUGACGAGCCGUUCGAAAACCCUGAUCAGUGGGCAGAAGAAGCUGAGAUUGGAUUAGUGUACAAGCUGGCAUCUUUCUUACCUGCCGGCGUUGUAAAUUUCAUUGAAGAUAGUCUUACUAGCUCCCGAUCCGCAUUGGUCUCGAAUGGUCUCCUAGCAGACAGCUCACUGGACAAUGACUCAGAUGAGCCACGGGAAGUGAGAGACGCCAGGGACAAAGUAACUGGCGCCGAAGUUUCUCUUAACUUGAAGAAAUCUGAGAUCAAGGAUCUCAAGCGUGACCUCAAAGAAGAUUUUGGCGUUGACUCCAUCUUCAGAGCGCUCAAGGGAGAAUGCAUUUCCCAGGAUUCAGGAGAUUACACCUAUGAACACUGCUGGAUGGAGCAGACCAAGCAGAAAUCUAGAAGAGGACGCGCCGAUACCACCAUGGGAAGAUUCGAGAAGAUCUCGUCCAUUGUUGUGGACGAAGUUACCCCGUCCGGCCAAAUUGUUCAGAAAACCAAAGUCACUCUUGUUUAUACUAACGGCCAAACGUGCUGGAACGGACCUGCACGUUCGACAACAGUGAUACUCGAGUGCGGCGAGAACAACGAGAUUAUCAAGAUUUCGGAGGAUGAGAAGUGUAUCUAUUCAAUGUUCGCCACCUCGCCAGCUGCCUGUGACCCCCCUCUAGCUAGCAAAGAUGGCCAGGGAAGAAGCGGAAAAGAUGAGCUAUGA